UGAGCUGUCCGACUCACCCAAGCACACGACCACUAUCCUCCACCCUUCCUUCCCUUCUCUUAUCAUCUACUGCCUCGCUGCACCAUUCAUCCCCCUCGCAUCGUUGAGCUGUAUCGACUUUACACACUUCUUGUACGGUAUAAGACAACGUUGGCCAUGAAGGGUCUCUUAGGCUUGACGCUGGCUGCGCUGGCGUCAGCAUCGCCGGUGUUGUUCGACCAGGCUAUUCACAAAGAUGCGGCUCCUAUCUUUUCGGCGGAGAAUGCGAAGGAGAUACCCGAUAACUACAUCGUGGUGUUCAAGAAGCACGUCACGGAGAAGCAUGCCGCCAACCAUCACAGCUGGGUACAGGACGUCCAUCUCAACGUUCAGAACCGAAAGGUCGAGCUCCGGAAGAGAUCGCAGACGCCCAUGGUUGAUGACAUCUUUGGUGGCUUGAAGCACACAUACAACAUUGCUGGCAGCCUUCUUGGUUACUCAGGUCACUUUGACGAGGAUGUUAUCGAGCAGAUCCGGAGGCACCCAGACGUCGAAUUCAUUGAAAAGGAUCAGGAAGUCCAUACUCUAUCAGCAGACCCAGAGGUUGAGAAGAACGCACCUUGGGGUCUCGCCCGUAUCUCGCACCGCAACAGCCUGACCUUCGGCAACUUCAACAAGUACCUCUACACCUCCGAGGGUGGCGAGGGUGUUGAUGUCUACGUUAUUGACACCGGCACCAACGUCGACCACGUUGACUUUGAGGGCCGCGCUAGCUGGGGUAAGACUAUCCCACAAGGCGACGCUGACGAGGAUGGUAACGGACACGGCACCCACUGCUCCGGCACCAUUGCCGGCAAGAAGUACGGUGUCGCGAAAAAGGCCCACGUCAAGGCCGUUAAGGUGCUACGAUCUAACGGCUCCGGCUCGAUGUCCGAUGUUGUCAAGGGCGUUGAGUUCGCCGCCGAGUCUCAUCUCGAGCAGGUCGAGGUUGCCAGCAAGGGCAAGCGCAAGGGCUUCAAGGGCUCCACUGCCAACAUGUCGCUCGGUGGUGGCAAGUCUCCCAUCCUUGACCAAGCUGUGAACGCCGCUGUCGAUGCGGGCAUUCACUUCGCUGUGGCCGCUGGCAACGACAACGCCGACUCCUGCAACUACUCGCCUGCCGCUGCUGAGAAGGCCGUCACUGUCGGUGCCUCGACUCUUGCAGAUGAACGUGCAUACUUCUCCAACUACGGCAAGUGCAACGACAUCUUCGCCCCUGGGUUGAACAUCCAGUCUACAUGGAUUGGCAGCAAGUUCGCCGUCAAGUCCAUUUCCGGCACUUCGAUGGCCUCGCCGCACAUUGCCGGUCUGCUCGCGUACAUGCUUUCCCUCCAGCCCAGCAAGGACUCUGGCUACGCUGUCGCGGAGAUCACACCCAAGCAGCUCAAGGCUAACUUGAUCGCCAUCGGUACUGAGGGAGCGCUCACGGAUGUCCCGUCAAACACCAAGAACAUUCUCGCCUGGAACGGUGGCGGGGAGAGCAACUACAGUUCCAUCAUCAAGCAGGGCGGCUAUGCGGCAACGCGUGAACAGGAGAAGGUGAUCAACAUCGACUUUGGCAAGCUUCGUGAGGAUGUCGUUGAGGAGGCCGACGAGGUCACGCACAAGAUGAAGGAGGUCAGCCAGAGGAUUGAGGAUAUGGUUGCCGAUGAACUCAAGGACUUCUUCCGUGGUCUUGACCACUAGGUGUUUACCUUGUCACCUCUGGACGACCCGUACCGGGAUGGCAGUGGCGAGCUUUGCCAGUCACGGAAGAGUUGCCACCGAACAGCUACCAGGGCCUGCAUCUGGAGCGGUGUGUUUGCGUGCAGGCGGUUCACAUUAACAGUAGCGACGCUUUUGCAUGUGGCAUGGUUGGAACUGGCAGGAUCGUAUAUUGUGUCAUAGAUGGGGUCUCUUGUGACCUUAUGAAGGAUUCAAGUCACCGCGAUUGCGCGAAUGUAGCUUCAUUCGCAGUGGACUGGAUACUGCAUACAGAUGGUUGACGGACACACACAGGCAUCUUCAGAACAUCGAGUACAAGUGUCCUUCGUUUCACACUCGUAUACUCAUCGUUAGAUAUGACUUCGAUUCGCACGUUCCUGACAUGUGAUCAUCUCC